UGCCGCCGCCGCAGCCCCCGCCCCCGCCUCCGCCUCUCGGGCUGCAGCUCCCGGCGUGCCCCGCACUCGCCGCUGCCCGCCCGCCCCUCCCUCUCCUACCAGUGCCACACAGCCGGAGUCCGAGCCGCCGCCGCAGCCACAGCCGCGGGCACUAUGGCUUCUGGAGUUACAGUGAAUGAUGAAGUCAUCAAAGUUUUUAAUGAUAUGAAAGUAAGGAAAUCUUCUACACAAGAGGAGAUCAAAAAAAGAAAGAAAGCCGUUCUCUUCUGUUUAAGCGAUGACAAAAGACAAAUAAUUGUAGAAGAAGCAAAGCAGAUCUUGGUGGGUGACAUUGGUGAUACUGUAGAGGACCCCUACACAUCUUUUGUGAAGUUGCUACCUCUGAAUGAUUGCCGAUAUGCUUUGUACGAUGCCACAUACGAAACAAAAGAGUCUAAGAAAGAAGACCUAGUAUUUAUAUUCUGGGCUCCUGAAAGUGCACCUUUAAAAAGCAAGAUGAUUUAUGCUAGCUCUAAAGAUGCCAUUAAAAAGAAAUUUACAGGUAUUAAACAUGAGUGGCAAGUAAAUGGCUUGGAUGAUAUAAAGGACCGUUCAACACUUGGAGAGAAAUUGGGAGGCAACGUAGUAGUUUCACUUGAAGGGAAACCCUUAUAAAAUGACAGUCAAGUGCCAUCUGGAUCUUAAGGAGCUUCCAUUUCUCCAGCUCAAUCAAUUGAAAUAGUAUUAGGUGUUUUGUUUUGUUUUUUUUCUUUCUCUUCCCACUGGGUCCUUCCAAUACAGUGAAUGAAGGAAAUAUCAUUCAUGUAAGCAACCUAUCAGUGAUUGCCAUUAGACUGUUUAAUACUGUUACUUUAAUGUAGAAUCCAAGGAAUGCCUUCCCAUCAUAUUUUAGCCAAAACAACUGGUUAUAUGCCUCCCUUGCAGCAAGCACUACAAUGAAAGUGAUUGUCAGUGUGAAUAGCUUAGAAUACUGCAAAGGGUAAGCUGAUUGAAUGCCUUGAAAGUAUUAUCCACUGGUCAGAUGGUAAACUUUAUUCAGUAUUAUUAUUUAUAGUUGCACUUGAUUGCAGUUCUGUGAGGCUCAAGCAUUCAUACACCUCACCUGCCUGGGCAAGCCUAUUUUUGUGACAUGGCAGCACAGAUAUAACACUAUGCAUUGAAAGCACUUUUUUUGUAAUGAGUUUAACCUCCCACCGCUCCCCCAAAAGGAAUGCCAAUUAAGUUUUGUUAACUGUGUCAUCCACUUACCCUAGUACCUCAGUAUUCAUUCCUGUUACCUGCAUAUCUUAAAAGAGAUAGCUGUUACUAAUGCCUCUUCAUUUUCCAUUGAGUUGUACACUACUGAAUAAGUGUAGGAGUUUAUGUUUACCAUGUAAGUUUUGCAACACUAAAAACAUUUUGAAUAUCAGUCAUGAUGGCAAUUUCUGUAUAAAAGAGCCUUAAAUGGAACAUUGUUUUUGAGAUCAAACCCCACCCUCACAAUAAUGGCCACGUUGCAAUAAAAAUUGUGGCAUAUUA